UUGUUGUCAGUGAAAGAAAACUCAGAAUGGAGGCUCCUGCCGUAUACAAGACCCCUAAAAACGUCCGAGUGAGGAGCCUUGUGAGCAGCGGAGGCACCCCGAUCACCAUCCCAGCUUCACCCUUCAUGAAGAAGCUGGGCUGUGGGACUGGAGUGAAUGUUUACCUUAUGGACAGAGUGGGAAAGCUGAAUGCAUCACCAUGGGCUGUCAAGAAGAUCAACACUAAAUGUGCAACCAAGCAGGUGGCAGUUUACCAGAAGCGGCUCAAUGAAGAGGCGAAGGUCCUGAAGGGAAUCAAUCAUCCAAACAUUGUUGGGUUCCGUGCCUUCACCACGGCCAAAGAUGGCUCCAAGUGUCUGGCCAUGGAGUACGGAGGAGAGCAGUCCCUCAACGACCUGAUUGAGAAGAGGAAAGAAGACGGCCUCGGAGCUUUUCCUGCCGCCAACAUCCAAAAAGUGGCGCUGCACGUUGCUCGCGGCCUGCAGUAUCUUCACAAUGAGAAGAAGCUGCUGCACGGCGACAUGAAGUCAUGUAACGUGGUGAUUAAAGGAGACUUUGAGACGGUCAAGAUCUGCGAUGUGGGUGUGUCUCUGCAGCUGGAUGAGAAUAUGAGAGUGUCCGACCCCGAGGCAGAGUACAUCGGAACCGAGCCGUGGAAGCCGAAGGAGGCUCUGGAAGAGGAAGAAGGAGAGAUCACAGACAAGGCUGACAUCUUUGCCUUUGGCCUGACUCUGUGGGAGAUGAUGACUUUGGCCAUGCCUCAUCUGGAGAUGCUGGAGCACGAUGAGGAGGAGGAAGAAGGUGAGGACUCGAUGGAGGAGAGCUUUGAUGAGGAAGCGUACUACGAGAAGCUGGGCACCAGGCCCGCCCUGGACGCUGAGGCUCUGGGCGGCUCCUACCAGAGGAUGGUAGAGCUCUUCUAUCUCUGCACUGAGGAAGACCCCGAGAAGAGACCCUCAGCCUCCCAGAUCCUCCAGGCUUUAGAGAGCAACGCCCAGCUGGAGAAAAUGCCCAGUGAGGUGAUUGUUAUCGACUGAUUCACACAACUAAUUCAUCAUUUUGAUCUCAGAUCUGAGGGUAAUGAAGUGUGUUUUUGUACUUAUGCACUUAGGCAGAAACAAAUGAAUAUUAAGAGGAAUCAGUCUCAACAAUCACUGGUGAAACUUGACUUUCAAGCUAACUGUAAACUAUACUGUAUAUCUUUACCUGUUUACACAUUCAACAGCACAUCACUGUCAUUUAUAUGUAUGUAGUCUGUAUUCUUCUUUUUCCGCUGUCCUUACCAGUUAUGUCUGUAUGUGUCUGUAUUUCUGCAUUUCUGUAAACUUUUAUACUUGUCUAUCACUCUUGUGAUCUCUUCAUUACACUAAAAACACAGGU